AUGACAUGUGCACGGGAAGUAAUCUGCUGCGGGAUUGCAGAUGCAAGGGUUCUUCUGUUGAUACUAAUGGAGUCUGUGGAUGAUGAUCCUGAUGUUGUAGAAAGAUGCCCAAAAAGUCGUUACAUUCAGUAUAAUGAGUUGCUGGGAAGAGGUGCAUGGAAGACAAUAUACAAGGGGUUUGAUGAAGUUGAAGGAAUCGAAGUUGCAUGGAGCCAAGUGAUGUUAGAUGAUACUAUGCAAAAACCUGAAUAUCUGGAGAGAAUUUACACCGAGGUUCAGUUACUAAAGAUGCUAAAACAUGAGAACAUAAUCAAGUCAUAUGUUUCUUGGGUGGACGACGAGAAGAAAAGGGUUAACAUGAUUACUGAACUGUUUAUCUCGGGGGAUCUGAGGCAAUAGCGCGAGAAGCACAGGAAUGUUGAUUUGAAGGCUAUCAAGAACUGGGCCAGACAGAUCCUUCAAGGCUUGGUUUAUCUGCAUGGUCAUGAGCCGCCUAUUAUUCAUAGAGAUUUGAAAUGUAACAACGUAUUUGUUAACGGAAACCAUGGACAAGUGAAGAUUGGCGAUCUUGGAUUUGCAACGUUAAUGCUCCGCCCCACCACCAAAACUUUGAUUGGAACCCCUGAAUUCAUGGCUCCGGAGCUUUACGAAGAGGAAUACAAUGAACUUGUUGACAUUUAUUCAUUUGGUUUGUGUAUAUUGGAGCUGAUAACUUGUGAAUAUCCAUACAGCGAAUGCAAAAAUCAUGAGCAAAUAUAUAAAAAAGUUAUAUCUGGGAUAAAACCCGGUGCUGUUUCAAAAGUCAAAGAUCUACAAGCCAAGGAGUUGAUAGAGAAGUGUUUGGUCCCGGCAUCUCAAAGAUUGCCCGCAAAAGAGCUUCUGAAAGCCAUUCUCGCGCCAGAAAGUAUAAAAGACAAUCCGGUUGAAGUCGACUUGUCAACAUAUCCAAUGGACAUUGACGAUAACAACAAUAUGGUUUUGUCGGGUAGCUCAUGUGUGAAGAGCAAAACUACUAGCACCUGUUUACCUUCACUUGAAUUUCAGCGUGUCGGUGUAGUUCUAGGACCUAGUAAGAGGGAUAUCAAGAUUGGUCAAGAAGGGUUGAGUUGUAAAGAAGAAGAUGGCAAUGAUACCUACAAAAGAUGGGCUGACAAGAUUUAG